UCGUACGUCUCCCAAAGGAAGCAGUCCAGCCAAGCUUCGCGCAGAUUGCUUUGAGGCUUCUCCGUCGACGAGUCAGCAAUGUGGCGGUGUCUAUUGUUAUUCUGGUGUUCGUGCGUGUCCAGUUCUGCUUCGGGAAACGACGAAAACAACCAUCAACCUCCUGACUGGAGAAUUCGGUUGCUCAUAGUCGCUGGGAGGGAGGCACGAGAUGGGCACCGUCGACUGUUUCGGACAGCCUUAGGGGUCAACAUACCCGCCCAGAUGAUAUCAGUGGAAGAUGAAAGUCAAGAACUUUCCCAAAUCUUGCGAGUGAUUCAACAGGAACCUUACCGACCGGACGAUAUGGUGGUUGUCAUCAACAGCGAUGAAUACAUCGUCGCUGGCGAUCCCGCCGUAGCGUCCUGGAAGAUAGCACUGGAAGCCACCAAGCAGGAGGCAGAGAUAAUUCUACCCUAUCCGCCGCCAGCGUUCAAGAACACCCGCCGCCUUCAGCAGCAGAUCGAAGAAGUGACGAAUGAACUAGUCCCCUACAGGGUCAGUAGUGGAAUUAAACCUUACUCGUCAAAGGAGGCCGAAGACGUUCAGAGGCUCCUCUACACCUUGAGGAGGCUGGAGGUGGAGGACAAGCAGAACUACCGGGACUUCAAGAUGAAUGCCAACACUCGGGAUUUUGGAGCAUAUGCUUUCGCAGGACUGACCACCACCAUAUCGGAAACAUUGCAGGAUCUCCAAGAAAAGGAGCACUUAAAAACUGUGAAGGAGCUGUGGCAUUCCGCAGUUAAUAAUCUAACACUGAGGUACAGAUACGGACUGGCUUUCGAUGACAAUUACAUCAUCUAUCAAGACGCUACGACAAUCAAUACAGGGAGUUUUUCUUACCGGAAGGGUGACAGCGGCGUCCUUUCUCUCCACGCGCAAGUCGAUGUUCUCAUCGCGCCUUUCGUCCACGCUAGGCAUUCCGAAAUGCCUUUCGUCGCUUCAAACAUCAUGGCUAAGGAAAUCGGAGCCACAAGGUCGUGUUCCGAGUGUCCCGACGAGCCAUUGCCAGACGCUUCCCCUUUGGAAGGAGCUGACCACCCAACUGUGCAGAUAAUAGUUUUGAUAGACCAUGAGUUACCCUUCGUCAGGCUAUUCCUCCAACGCCUUCGGGAGCUCAAAUAUCCGAAAGAAAAGCUCUCACUGUGUGUUUAUGUGUCUGCAGAAACCCUUUUGGAUGAAGUGGAAGCUUACAUCGCCGAAAAUAUGAAUGAAUAUUUCAUGGUUCAAAUUCUGCCUGCAUCUGAAAUGGAUGAUUACGAACGAAUGAGGUACUUCAUUAAAAAGGCCAAUACUAAGUUAAUGCCCGAUUACCUUUUCGUUGUGGAAGCAUCUGCCCAUCUCACCAACCCUGACACGUUACAAAUACUCAUAAACAAAAGAAGGAACAUAGUCGGGCCCUUACUAAGAGCGAAAGCGGGAGAUCGAUCGAACAUAGAAACAGAUUAUGUCCAAGGACAAUUCGCUAAGGGAGCAGUUUACAGCAAUUACGUUGAUAAACGUACUGAAGACGAUAGUGGUUUCAAUCUCAACGGACUGCUGCAAGUGUCGAAAAUAACAUCAGCAGUGCUGCUGUCUUACCAGACUUACUCUGAUGUGGUUCUGAGUGACAAAAGACCAAAGGAAAGUCACUGGAACUCUUUCUAUAGGCAGAUUUUGGAGCAGGGCUACAUCCCCUACGUAUCCAACGAAGACGACUAUGGCUACUUGAUAUCCGAACCUGGAGAAUACAGACCUGAUAUCUGGAGUGUUGACCGAAACGAAAAUGAAUUCUUAAACUUUUACUUGAUCCCUGUCAGUGCGGAUAAGCAAGGGAGCAACGACGCACCCUCUGAUGAAGAUGAAGAAGAAAAGCACUCACAUAUGUGCCGUCACUUCCGUAAGGACAAAAUCUUCAAUUCCCACUACACGAAAGACUUGCUCAGCGAUACCAAGAAGUCCUCUUGGCGGGUUAUUUCAUCUAGAGCAAAUGAACCGGACGUACUGGAACCUCCAGGAGAAAUGAGCAUCCUCCAGAACAUCUACGUCCAGUCAGUCAUCAGAUAUUUUACAAGGAAUAAGGAUUUGGAGAUUCCAGUGGCCGGUGGUAAAAUGCUAGUCUUCCAGGGAUCGGGUCACCUCACGCUUCAGGGUUCCAUGAAUGUUAUUAUGAGCAUGGCAGAUCAGAAGGUAUCUACCCUAGAGUUCAAGUCGAAUGAAGACAAAGACAAGUGGGACGUUCCUUCUUCAUCACCACUUUCUUCACCAUCAUCAUCAUCAUCAUCAUGCCUGCUGAAAUUGCGACAGGGAGAAGGAAUCUUCAUCACGUCUCCAAAUCCAUGGAACAUAACCUUAGCUGAGACAACGAACAUCGUCGUUUUCAGUCUGUGAAAAAAUAAUUUCCUUUGACUUGCUCGCAUUCCCGCGUCUUUGUGUCGCUCUCCUCCAGUGUGUCGUACUUAACUCCCUCAUUUGUCAACAUUUCCUAAGGAGUUAAGAGAUUUUUAAGUGUUUUUGGCUUAUACAAAAAUACGGUCCUCUGAAAAAAAAUUGGCUUUGGCAAUUCGAAAUGUGACUGUGAUAAAGACAGCUUAAAUAAAUUUUUAUUCAUAAUAGCUUUAUGAAAACUAAUAUGAAAUGCAUUUGUAUCAAUUUUUAUUUCAUCUACAGAAUCGAGCCUAAAUUUGGCAUUGUGGCUAAUGUGUAUGCAAAGUAAACCAUUAUGUUUAAACCUCAUUAAGAAAUAAAUCCUGUGGAAUUCUGCUAAUAACGGAAACGGUAAGCAACUUAACUGGAUUGCCCUUCGUAGAAAUAAAA